CAGCCCCGCCCCGGCCAGCGGAUCGGCACGCAGUUCCUGCGCAGCCGCGUCCCGGCCUCACAGCCCGGCGCGGGUCCGCGACUCUGGAGCGGUGACGCCGAGGGAGGCCCGGAAGGCCGGCAGGCGGACGGACGGAGCUGGGAACCGGCGGGGCCGGGGCCGCGGCGGUAGGCGCGGGGGUCGCGUGGACCCGCCCGGGGCCCGAGGCGUCAGGAUCCGCUCGCGCCCUUCCGGCUCGGGGCGGGGGCGGGGCCGGGCCGCGGGCAGCCAACCGCGGGCCUUCACGCAAAUGAGGGCGUGGUGACCCUUGGCGCCUCCUCAGCGCCCCCUUCCGGGGUCCGCGGCUAAGGGGCGGAGUCUGGGGUGCGCGGCCAGCCAACGGCGCCCGUGUAUGCAAAUACCUGCAGGCCCCGCCUCCAGGCGCGGCCCGCGCCGCCCUCCGGCCGCCUGCAGACCCAGCGCCCGGGGCGCAGCCCGCAACACUGCUUGCAGCCCGCGCCCCGCCGCCGGGGGGCGCCCGAACGCCGCGGCCCCGCGCAUGCCCACCCGGGAGCGCCCGCAGCCGCACCCGGCCGGCCCCGAGCCCCGGACGCUGGUGUCUCGAGGCCCGGCGUCCGGUGCUCGUGGGCCGCAGUGCCAGCCCGGGCUUGGGGAGCUCCGCACGAGGCCCCGGAAGAUCGUGUUUGCGGAUGAGCUACGCCCCCGGGCCGCCGUGCACACGGAGGAGCCUCCCAAAGCUCUGGGGCCCUGCCCCGCCCCAGUGCCUGACUAUGAGCUUAAGUACCCGCCAGUGAGCAGCGCCAGGGACCGGAGUCGCUAUGCCGCAGUGUUCCGGGACCAGCACGGAGAGCUCUCGGAGCUCCAGCACGACGUGGGGGCCACGCAGGCCAAGCUGCGGCAGCUGGAGGCCCUACUGGUGUCGCUGCCCCCGCCGCGAAGCCGGAAGGAGGCUCUCGUGGCAGCUCGUGUCCGGGAAGAGCUCGAGAAGAAGCGGGCGGAUCCUGGCUUCCUGGAUAAGCAGGCUCGCUGUCACUACCUGAAGGGUAAACUGAGGCACCUCAAGGCCCAGAUCCGAAAAUUCGAUGAGCAAGGGGUCAUCGAUAGUGAGGACUCGGUGUACUUCUGAGUGUCCUGGAGACGUGGUGGCUCCUCCCAAGUCCUGCUGAGAAUCCCAGAGAAUAAACAUGGAUUAGGCA